AUGGCUGCUGUUGUUGGUUGCCAGGAACAGAAAAUUGCUGUAACUAAUGCUGAUUAUGCUGAAGAUUUUGAGGAUCAAGUUGCAGGAUUCAACCCUGAACAGAGUGUUCAAGAAUUCGAACCCCAUUACUCAACGACUGCGGGAGCAAAGGUGAAAUACUGGGCAUUCCGCAAUAUGUUGAUUUUGUUUAACUGGUUACAAGGUGACACGAAAGGCGAGAAUGCAUUCUGCGAUGGCAUCCCACUCCCUUGGCCACUCAAAAAACUGGAAUUUGAUCUCAAUAGUGAUGGGGGAACAGGCUGGGCUCUCUUUUUGCCAAAUACUCCUAUCUAA